GGCUCAGAGCGACGGUUGUUAUCUGCAUGGUCUAGGGAGAUAAGGUGAAUGGCAUGCCCUCUCGACGGUCUCACACUAAAUCCCAUCACGGCUGUGCCCAGUGCAAACAUCGUCGGAUAAAAUGUGACGAGUUUCGGCCUAUUUGCGGCUCCUGCCAUAAGAAGCACAUCAGAUGUUCAUUUGAGGGCCAAAUCACACCCCAAAUAUCGCAUCACAGCUUUGCUGCCUCCGGUACCCGCGUCGAUCUCAUUCCGAGAAGUGACGGCUUCCAACUCCCACUGUUGGACUUGGAUCUCUUGAACCACUGGCACGUGGCGACCGUGCGGACACUGGUACACGACAAAUCCACAGAGAAGGUUCUGCGGGAGUUUGUCCCACAGGAGGCUCUAUCGCAUCCGUUUUUAAUGCACAGUCUAUUGGCUUUAUCCGCACUUCACCUAAGUCACCAUGGCCCCGUCGAGAGAAGACACAAGUACACCGAGGCCGCCAUGACGCACAACAACAUUUCGCUAUCUCUGUGUAAGCCUCUUCUAAAUAAUGUAACUUCAGGAAACUGCCAUGCUUUGUUUGCAUUCUCCUGCUUCGUCGUUAUGUUCUCGUUUGCUGCGCACGGACCAAAGGCCGACCCAGGAGCUCUGCGCCUGUCGGCUGUUCUUGAGGUUUUCAUGUUAAUUCGGGGUGUAGCUUCAAUAGUGGGACAGGCUCGCCCAUGGAUUGAAGCGGGCGGUAUGCGAGAUUUACUGAAACUCGGCGAGCAGCCACGUGAGGAAUCAAAGACAACGCGUGCGCAGGAGUUAUAUGCUCGCAUAUCGGACAUUUAUGACAAUAUGAGACGGUCUUCUCGGCCGGACUGCUAUGAUAGCGAGAGCUUAGUGAUUGAAGAAUCCGUUCAAAAGUUCCUUGACCUGCUGCAACAGGCAAUCAGUGUGGCAAAUCCGGUUCCCUCCAUUAUGAUGAGGUGGCCUGCCGUGGUCAGUGUAAAGUACCUGGAUUUGUUGCAGGCAAAUCAUCCCACGGCACUGGUGGUACUCGCUCAUUAUGGUGUUGCACUGGAACUGAUGGCUGAGAAUUGGUGGUUGGAUGGGUGGGGUGCGUUUUUGGUGAACAUUGCUUUGUAUCGUUCGGGACCGGAUUAUGGGCCAGAGCUUGUAUGGGCACGGAAAGCUAUCACCCGGGAGUGAUAAAGCUCAGUCAUUCAGUCCAUCUUCAUAGGAAGAUCUAAUUGAAGUGUCUUUCACGGUCGCGUGCUAUAGAACCUGGAAAACAACCCGAGGCAUGCUUGCUGAGAGUCUCUGCCGCAUCUACAUAUGCAAACUAGAUCAAGCGUCAAGCGUGAGAAGAGAAUGUUACUGGCGCUGCGGCCUUUCUUCCAACGGUGUUCAUGGACUCAGAGACUCAGCCUUACUCAUCAAUGGCUCGGGCUUGUUUGGGUUGAAGCUCAACGUGGUCUAAACACCUCAACAUGGUCGAGGGGGCGUGUACAACUCAACCCCACUCCCUCGAUACUGCAACGGAUUCUUCCACCAUUUCAGGAUUGACUUGGGAGUUUCAGGUGAAUUAGGGUGAAUAGGAUAGUCGGGG